GCGAGCCUCAAUAGAGUGGCGAAUGCGAAACGAUACUUCUUGAUCUCAGAUCGAUCCUAAACUUCAUCCACCAUGUCCGAGGCAUCCUCCAAACCUAGCUACGUCUACAAACUGAUCCCAUCCUCCGCUGUUCCCCCCGAUCCUUUACCAGAGAGACUUCCAGUUAGCGAGCUUGACCAAACCUCAGGUUUCAUCCACCUAUCCACAGCCAAACAAAUCCCUGGAACGCUCAAGUACUUCUUUCGAGAGGACUCUCGCGUUUAUGUGCUGCGGAUACCUUAUGACGCCAUUGACAAGGAUAUGAAGUGGGAAGAUCCAAAGGCGGAAGUGUGUGGACCAAGGGGAGGAGAGGGGUUGUUUCCUCACUUGUAUAACGGUUUGAAGUUGGGUAAAGAUGAAGUUGAUAGUGUGCAAGUUUGGGAAACCGGCAAGGACGGCGGGUGGGAUGAUGCGCUGAACAAGGCUGAGAGUUGGCUUGUGUACUAACCAGCGCCGGAAAGAAAUGUUGGUAGUAGCAUAAAAUGUAAAGUAUAUGGUAUCAGAACCGGACAAAGUACCCAAAAACAGAUAUAGGUAUCCAGAAUGUCC